GCAAACAAAAAGAGUUCAUCAUGGCCGCUGAUAGUGAUCCCGAGUCGGAGGUAUUUGAGAUCACCGAUUUCACUACUGCAUCGGAGUGGGAGAGGUUUGUGACCAGGGUGGAGGAAGUGCUGAACGAUUGGAAGCUGAUUGGUAGCAGUGGAGGAAGACCUUUGGAGAAGGGAGAAUACUCUGCCGGCACCUGGGAGGAGAAGACUCAGGAUAUCAAUUUUGCCGAUUUCAAAUUCUCAAUAACGCAUCAUUAUCUGAAGCAGGAUUCAGCUGAGAAUGAUGGAAAGGAGGAACCUGAAGAAGAUGCUGUCCCUGGAGCCAUGCAGGACCUGCUGUGUAUGAAUAAUGACUUCCCUCCCAGAGCGCACUGCCUCGUCAGAUGGUACGGUGUGCGGGAGUUUGUGGUUAUUUCUCCGGGGACAAACUGUGAGGCCAUCAUCAGUGAAUCCAAGUGUAACCUGCUGCUGAGCUCCGUCUCCAUCUCUCUCGCCAACACCGGCUGCCAGGUUCCCGUGUUCGUUCAGAUCCAGCAGAAAUGGCGACGGAUGUACGCCGGGGAGUGCCAGGGGCCAGGCGUGCGCACCGACUUCGAGAUGGUCCACCUCCGCAAAGUCCCCAGCCAGUACAACCACCUCUCAGGCCUGCUGGACAUCUUCAAGUCCAAGAUUGGCUGCCCUCUCACCCCACUGCCCCCCAUCAGCAUAGCCAUCAGGUUCACAUACGUCCUUCAGGAUUGGCAGCAGUGCUCCUGGCCGCAGCAACCCCCAGAUUUCGAUGCUCUCCUGGCCGGGGAGGUGGGUGGGGUGGAGUUUGGGAAACUCCCCUUUGGCGCGUGUGAAGACCCUAUCAGUGAGCUACAUCUGGCAACCACGUGGCCUCAGCUGACGGAAGGGAUUGUCGUGGACAAUGAUGUGUAUUCUGAUUUGGACCCCCUUCAGGCUCCCCAUUGGUCAGUGCGAGUAAGGAAAGCAGACAACCCACAGUGCUUAUUGGGCGACUUCUUGAUGGAGUUCUUUAAGCUGUGCUGUCGGAAAGAGACCACUGAGGAUAUUCUGGGGAAGAAUUCUCUUGAAGAAGAGGGCAAAGAGAACAGUGACAUCAGCCAGGCUCUGUCCAAACUGACGGAGCCCAGCACAGUGCCCAUGUCCCGGCUGUCCGUGUCCAACAUGGUGCACAGCGCACGCAAGCGUAUCCGCCGGCACCGCCGCGUCGACGAGUCACCGCUCAGCAACGACGUGCUCAACUCCAUCCUGCUGUAUCUAUUCCCAGAUGCUACUGAGAGGCCCUCUGAAGCAAGCGACAGCAAGGCCACUGAAUCCAAGGUGGACAAGGAGACGGAAGACUACAAACUGUACAACCAGCUGAAGUCUGCACCCUCCGACAGUCUGACCUACCGCCUGGCUCUGUGCCUGUGCAUGGUCAACUUCUACCAUGGUGGAGUACGGGGCGUGGCACAUCUGUGGCAGGAGUUUGUGCUGGAGAUGCGCUACCGCUGGGAGAACAACCACCUGGUGUACGGCCUCGCCAGCGGUCCCCCAGACCUGAGGUGCUGCCUUCUUCACCAGAAGCUGCAGAUGCUCAACUGUUGCAUCGAGAGGAAGAGGAGCAGGGACGAAUUACGGAAGGGCGGCGCGGGCACGGAGACGGGGCGGGAGAGGAAAGUGUCGGGGUGUGAAAACGGGCGCCUGGGGUCGGCGGAGGGGGCCGAGGCCUCCUUCGGGAAGUCGUGGGACUCGUGGAGCGACAGCGAGGACGAGUUCUUCGAGUGCCUGAGCGACACUGAGGAGCUGAAGGAGGCCCCGCCCGACGGGGGGAAGACCGGGGCCAAGCUGAAGCCGGAGGGCCGCCUACACCCCCACGGCAAGCUGACCCUGCUCAACUCCAGCGAGCCCCUCUACAUCCCUGUCACGCAGGAGCCAGCACCCAUGACCGAGGACCUGCUGGAGGAGCAGUCGGAGGUUCUGGCCAAACUGGGCACGUCGGCGGAAGGGGCCCACCUGAGGGCCCGCAUGCAGAGCGCCUGUCUGCUCUCCGACAUGGAGUCCUUCAAGGCAGCCAAUCCGGGCUGCUCGCUGGAGGACUUUGUGCGGUGGUACUCCCCGAGGGACUAUGUGGAGGAGGAGGUGACCGACGAAAACGGUGAGACCGUAGUCAAGGGCGACCUGAGUGCCAGGAUGAAGAUACCGGGGAACAUGUGGGUGGAGGCCUGGGAGACCGCCAAAGCCACGCCCGUGCGUCGCCAACGCAGGCUUUUCGAUGACACUAAGGAGGCGGAGAAGGUGCUGCACUACCUAGCGGUACAGAAGCCAGCCGACCUGACCCAACACCUGCUGCCCUGCGUGUUGCAGGCUGCCGUUCUCAAAAUGAAAGACGAGGAGUCGUCCGAGGACAUUCCUUCUGUGCGCAAAGCGGUCCAGCAAGUUGUCUCCCACUCCAGUAAACUCCUGCGUCACCCCAACCCUGACAACAAAAAGCUGGAGGACGUUAUUAACCAGCUCAUGGAGAUGGAGGCUGUGGUGGCCCGUGCCCGCUCGCUGAAGGCCAAGUUUGGGCUCGGGAAGGGCGAGAGGGGGGAUGAUACGGAGGACCUGGAGAGGUUUGUCAGCUCCCUCCUAGAAGAGCCAGAGGUGAUGGUGAUUGGUGCUGGUCGUGGGCCUGCUGGCAGCAUCAUCCACAAGUUAUUUGUCAACGCUCAGAGGUUGGCUGACUCCACUGAUGAGACCGCCCUGCUGUCACCGCUGGAUGAGGAUUCGGGGAGGGCAGGCACGGCCGAGGACAGGAGGCCCGGGGCGGGCGGGGUGCCGGACUUCCCUCCCCCCGCGGGGCGGGAGAUCCUGCUGCGCACCUGUGUGCCACGCCCGGCCCCCUACUCCAAGGCCCUCCCCCAGCGGCUGUUCUGCGUGCUCAUGAGAGACGACUUCAGACUGGCCGGGGCCUUCUCCUCCGACACCUCCUUCUUCUGAGGGGCCUGCGCGACCGGGGAGGGGUCACAGGGGCUGGAGCUGUCCGAGACCUCAAACCUCACCGGGCGUGUCGCCCCCCUUCUCCCAUCCCCCACAGUGUAAGCCAAAAAACAUCCCCUCUCAACCCUCCUGGCACUACAUCACUAUCAACACCUAAUGAACCGUCUGCGUACAUUUAAACCCGUCCGGAUCCAGCCCAAUUAUUACUCGGAGGGAAUUGUCUCGUUAUUUUUUUUGUUGGUCUUACUUUUAAUUGUAUAAUUUCUUCCAUGUAAUCAAGAACCAAAAAAAGAAGGGGGGGACGGCUUAAUUAUCUGAGAAGCGAGGAACGGAGAGACUGUGCCUGCUCCACAGUGCGAUGUUGACGUUCUGUGCUCGUAAUUAGCGAAAUUUGUACACUUUAAAAAUGUAGAGAAAAUGGAAAUUCACUUCAGAAUCUGUGAACUUGUACUGCCACAUAACCGAGUACCUGUACAAAAACAGUCCAACUUGUCACAUCCCUUAUAACAAAAAGGUUAUAUUUUAACAUGCUGAAAUACACAUCGGAUUCUUUUUGUGCCACUAGAUUGUCGUUUGUGGCUUUGUGACACGAAUGUUGUUUUCUUUAAAUGCAUUAAGCAGCCACAGUUAAGCCUGUUCUCCAUCGAAUCUGUGUGCGGUAGUGUAUAUAAUUACCACUUGUAUGAGAAGGCCACAAUGCAUGCUUGUAGACAUGGUAACUAGCAUAUUUUUUAAUACAUAACAACCCUUGGUUGAAAGUGCAAUUAUAGAGAUUAUAUAUUGUGAAGAUGUAGCCUUACCAUCAGCAGCAAAGAUAAAUGUCAUGGUUAAUGUCGUUAGUACAGUUUCUAUGACUAUUGAUGUAAAGUCUGAUUAAUGGUUAAAUUACUGAGUAAUUUUAUUGUAUAUCCUAGAGGAGACAACAGGCAUUUCAUCUGCGUUGUGUCAGUUGUGGACUCAAAAUAUGAAAAAUAUUAUUACUGUGGAACUAGCCAAAGUACGCACAUGUCAGAUGGGUGUAUUGGGCUUAAGUGUUGGACAGCUCGUGGUUUGGUAAAAUAUGAAUAAAGUUUUAAUGGAAAAUUAAA